GAUCAACCCCGCACUUUCAUUUACAUAUACAUUAUACUCACAUUUAACAAACAACACACAAGUAGAUCCGUAGUAAUAAAUUAAGGGUAAGAAGUUAGCAAAUAGAAAACACAAAAUGUCGCUCAGAAGGGGUGGAUUGAUGUCCUACAACCAGCGGCGUAUUGCCCGCUGGUACUUUGGAGGUCUGGCGAGCUCCAUGGCUGCCAUGGUGACUCAUCCGAUUGACUUGAUCAAGGUGCUUAUCCAAACUCAGGCGGAGAAGCUAUCGGUAUUCCAGACCACCCGCAAGAUUGUCAAGGAACAGGGACCUCUGGCCAUGUACAAUGGCAUCUCGGCCUCAAUGCUGCGCCAAUACACGUACACAUUGGCCCGUUUUGGCAUUUAUUCGGUGGGCUCUGGAGCUAUGGACACCAGCACCAUGGCCGGCAAAACAUGUCUAGCCGCGAUUGCCGGUGGAAUUGGCGGGUUUGUGGGCGCUCCUGCAGAUCUGAUCAACGUCCGCCUGCAGAACGAUGUCAAGUUGCCACCAGAGAAGAGGCGCAACUAUAAGCACGCCAUAGACGGACUGGUGCGAAUCACCCGCGAAGAGGGAUGGAAAAAUCUCUUCAAUGGCUCCUCGAUGAUCGCGCUCCGUGGAGCUUUUAUGACCGUAGGCCAGAUUGCGUUCUACGAGCAAAGCAAGUCCCAAAUGAUAAAAUUGGGAAUGCCCGAUUAUAUGGGCACCUACAUCUUAGCAUCAAUGAUCUCCUCCGUGGUGGCCACCACCUUGACGCAGCCCAUCGAUGUGGUGAAGACACGUCGCAUGAAUGCAGCACCUGGCGAGUAUUCUGGAUUGGGGGAUGUGUUUGUAAAGACUUCGAAGGAGGGACCUCUGGCUUUCUUCAAGGGAUACGUUCCCUCUUUGAGUCGAUUAUUGCCGCACACGGUAUUAUUAUUCUUGGGCCUCGAGUAUCUGAGGACUCACUUUGGAUAUCUACCAGAGCCAAAACAGACAGGUGCAUUUUAUCGAUAUGAUGAUGUCGAUGACUAAACGAUUUGCGUUAUUUUCAAAAUUUCUAGCUUUGCUAUUACGUGACCAUUCAUUACAUCGCAUGUCUGAAAAUAAAAUACACAUAUAAU